UGUUUACUUCCAAUCGUGGUUGUUGAGCUUGUUAUUUUUUCAGAGUAGUGGCAUUUUCAGUAGCCAAAAAUACAUAGAAGCAACAGAAAGGAAGAGCGUAAAAAUUUGAAAGCCAUUGGUGAAAAUCAGUCGCACAAAAUGCGAUAUCGCGAUCCAUCGUAUUCUUUGUUGUGAAAGCUGGUACAGUUAUCUAGUGUAAACAAAGAUAAACAUAGGGUAAAAUUGGUUCAGAAUGUUCUGCUGAAAUAAGAAAUACGUGUAUAUAGCUCUGGGUGUUGUACUUUGAUAGCUUUUGAAUGGAACUCCUCGACUAAUCCUAUGUUAUUUCGAUUACGAUAUGGACAACAGAUAUGUAAAAAUCAGCAAUCAGGAUUGGAGUUAUCGAGUUAAGAGAAAAAAGAACAGGACACAACUAGUUACUUUUAUUUAUCGCAAAAUAUUUUGAAACUCCUCUAAAUUCUUAGUAAAUGCUCUAAUCUACAGAAGUAGACAGGCAUAUUUGGUGAGUUGGGAGUAUUUCAACUGGAACGGCUGCAACCAGAAAGCUUUCAAAUUGGAUUACAUAGUUUCACAGUUUGCCACAACGUAGAAAGGUAUCGGAAACCGUAACGGUAUAGAGCGGGAGCACGAUAAAAAAUAGAGACGAAAAAACUAGCUUACUACAAGCAUGAAAGCAAUCGAAGCGAAAAUUGUCGUUUUGGGAUCUCAAGGAGUAGGCAAAACCAGCCUUGUCGUUAGAUAUGUGUCGAAUCUAUACACAAAAGAAGUUUCUCCGACGAUAGGUGCCUCAUUUUUCACAUGUAAAGUAAAUCUGGAAGAUUUCAAAGUUAAGAUGCAGGUUUGGGAUACUGCCGGUCAGGAACGAUUUAAGGCGAUGGCUCCACUCUACUAUCGAAACGCAAAUGCUGCCCUUCUAGUUUUCGAUCUGACGCAGUACAAUUCAUUUGUUGAGAUAAAGUCUUGGGUUCAGGAGUUACAGCGUAAUGUUCAGGAACCGAUGGUUCUGUCACUUGUAGGCAAUAAGCUCGACCUAGAAGAAAAACGAGCAGUUUCCAGAGAAGAAGCUUCACUGUAUGCGACCUCGAUUGGCGGAAAUUAUUUUGAGACUUCUGCGUUGCAAGAUCAGGGAAUAGAACAAGUUUUCAUAUCUAUUGCAGUGGGGUUAAUAAAAUUAUCAGGAGAGCAAAUUUGUCCAUCGUUGAAACGAUACGAAUCUUCCGAUUCGCUUGUACUAUCGGGAUAUUCAAGUGGUAUGAACGGUGUUGUGCAGAUGGGCAUACCGGUCGAUUGCGACAAUGUGCUAACGGAUGGAACGGGUCGUUUAGAAACGCCUUCCUGGAGCAGAGACCACAUAGCACAUGCAGAUAAUCAACAUCCUGGGUGGUGCUGUUAUUAAGUUUGCACGGGUGAACGGCCUUUCCAGUAAUGACAGUGAAACGACUUUUCCUGUGAUAAUUCCCGAACCCAUGUGGAUUGGUUUGAGACGAGAGAAUGCAGAUAUAAGAUAUUAGUUUGUAUAUACCUAAAACAGAGUAGAACCAAACAACUGUAACAAAAGUGUGUCGCUCUAAUGAAAUUGACCACAAGUAUUGUUUGUAGAACUUGAGGUUUUGUCAUUUGUUUGUAAGAUAUUACUAAAGCUUUGCAUCUUAUAUUGAACCGCACUUUAAAACGCCUCAUGACAGAACUGAUCUCUCGGAAAUGACACGUUUUCCAGGUGCAGAGCUUUACUCGUGUAAACAAAGUUGACACGCACGUAAUCAUGUAUUCAUGCAUAUAUUUAUAUUCAUAUAGCAAUCGCAAGAGUCAAUUUUGGGAAAAAGCGAGGUUUUGUUAAAUUACAUAUGAUGCUUAUAAAAUUGGAUGCAAUGUAAGAUUUUGAA